AUCCAGGAAUCAAAUAAACCGAAGGCAUCAACUGAAUAAAAAAUUAAGUUCCUGAAGUUGCAGCAGAAGAAUAUAAGCACUAUAUAGAUCAAAGAUGUCAAUGAAUUGGGCCCUGUAUUGGGGCAUAAUGUGGGUGCUUUCAGGCUCCACGGAUAGCGCUUCGAAGCGCUUCUUUACAGACUUCUUGCAGGAUUUGCCCACGCCAGGCACCGGCGGACCCACCUUUGACCCCAGCGCGAUCAGCAAUAUCACAGGACUCGUGGGCAAGACCGUUAAGAUGACCUGCCGUGUCAAGAACUUGGGCAAUCGAACGGUCUCCUGGGUGCGACAUCGGGACAUCCAUCUGCUGACUGUCGGCCGCUAUACGUACACGUCGGAUCAGCGAUUCGAGGCCCAGCACUCGCCGCACGCCGAGGACUGGUCCCUGCGCAUACGCUAUGCCCAGCGCAAGGACUCGGGCAUCUACGAGUGCCAGAUCUCGACAACGCCACCCAUCGGACAUGCUGUCUAUCUGAAUAUUGUGGAACCCAUCACCGAGGUCAUUGGCGGCCCCGACCUGCACAUCAACAAAGGAUCCACCAUCAAUUUAACCUGCAUUGUGAAAUUUGCACCGGAACCGCCGCCAACCGUCUCCUGGUCGCACAAUCGCGAGAAUGAUCCUAGAUACAAUAAGGUCAUAAAUUUCGAUUCACCUCGCGGCGGCAUAUCAUUAGUCACCGAGAAAGGUGUACUGACCACCAGCCGUCUCCUCGUCCAGAAGGCCAUACAGGAGGAUGAGGGCCUCUACACAUGCGCCCCCUCGAAUGCCAAUCCCACAUCGGUCCGCGUCCAUAUCGUUGAUGGCGAACAUCCGGCGGCCAUGCAUCAUGGAAACUCGGCGCCACUUCAGCCACCGGCUUUGAUCUCGAUGUUGAUGCUUGUCUGCAGCACUCUGAUUCUGCUGCACGCCUCUGCCUGCUGCAGCCCAACCCUACCCAAGAUGAGGACACAACAACAACAACGAGGAGGCAACGGCAAUGGACAGCUGAAGGACAUCAAGGGCGGCGAGCGGCUGGAGAGGAAUUCGCUGGUGCCUGGGACAUGA